AACAAAACGCAUCCAAUCCGUGACGGCUCAGAAGGGCUGGCAAGCGAAGCCAUAGCAGCUACUGGCAAAAUAUCGACAAUUUGUCAACCAACGGAGUUCGGGAUUUGCCGUAGCCGUAACCUUUGCGCAGUAUUCGCGGAAUUGAUUGGGAGUCGCUGCGCACCGCGGAGUCAGGCAGAGGAGGAGACGGACAGAAGGAAAACAAAGAUGGCUGUGUAGUCCGUGAGGCGAUUUUAAGCACAGUCGCAAUACAGAGGGUUCUCUAAAGGUCUGUCAGGUCCGAGGCUUCUCGGGCAGGCUGAGAAGAAAGUCGGGGAUCGAAGUGCUGAACCAUACCGCUAGCGGGCUGCGGGGAGGGCGCUGUCAUCGCGGAUAAAGCCGUCAGCAGGACGUCAGGGGCUGUUUUGUUCUGAGCAGGGUAAAAUACUUUGCUGUUUUUAAAAGCGGAUAGCUUGGUCAACUUUUAGUGUAAAUAGAAUAAACGCCACAGAUUUACGCAUACAGGCCGCCGUACGGCUAGCUAAUUCGCAUACUCCGGGCCCCUAUUUUAUCGGCUUUUAAAUUUGUUUUUAAACCGAAGCGGAAUAUUACGAAAUAAUCGCUCAGACACUGAGUUAGCUAGCAGGCUACCGCACGUAGCUCUGUGAGGACUCCGUUAGCCGGCCGCCCGCAGCCAGAUAAAGCUCCGCUCGGGUCGGAAGUCGGGCUGGGGGAUCGAGCGACAGAUAUUUUAUCGAGAAGCGAGAGACACCUCGAUGUCUUCCCUGGAAGAGCGGGUAGACGUAGGAGUCGGAGCAGCUGCCGGCUCUUCCUCGGCCGGUGUAGGUGUCGGUGCGGUGGGUGGUGCCCUGGAAGCUGUCGCGGGGGGGCCCGUACUGGCCGGAAUGCAGGAGGAGGCCGGGCUGCGGAGAGAGGGCUCCGGGCCCGAGUCUGACCCGGACGCGCCGCCCAAGAAGCGAGUGAGACUCCCGGAAGGCGAGUCAGGGAAAUUGGAGGAGAGAUUGUAUUCCGUACUCUGCUGCACGGUGUGCCUAGACCUACCCAAAGCGUCCGUCUAUCAGUGCACGAACGGCCACCUGAUGUGUGCUGGCUGCUUUAUCCACCUGCUGGCGGACUCGCGCCUGAAGGAGGAGCAGGCUACCUGUCCCAACUGCCGCUGCGAGAUCAGCAAGUCGCUGUGCUGCCGCAACCUGGCGGUGGAGAAGGCCGUCAGCGAGCUGCCCUGCGACUGCGGCUUCUGCAUGAAACAGUUCCCCCGCAGCAGCCUGGAGCGCCACCAGAAGGAGGAGUGCCAGGACAGGGUGACCCAGUGCAAGUACAAGCGCAUUGGCUGCCCGUGGCAGGGCCCUUUCCACGAGCUGACGGCACACGAGGCGGAGUGCAGCCACCCGACCAAGACCGGCAACGAGCUGAUGGGCAUCCUGGAUGAGAUGGACCAGUCGCACCGCAAGGAGAUGCAGCUCUACAACAGCAUCUUCAGCCUGCUCUGCUUCGAGAAGAUCGGCUUCACAGAGGUGCAGUUCCGGCCCUACCGCACAGAUGACUUCAUCACCCGCCUGUACUACGAAACUCCCCGCUUCACGGUGCUCAACCAGACCUGGGUGCUGAAGGCACGCGUCAACGACUCGGAGCGCAACCCCAACCUGUCUUGCAAGCGCACGCUGUCCUUCCAGCUGAUCCUGAAGAGCAAGGUCAACUCGGCUCUAGAGUGUUCCUUUCUGCUGCUCAAGGGGCCCUACGACGACGUCAAGAUCAAGCCUGUCAUCUAUCACCACGUCUUCAGCAACGACACCAACGAGACCGACUACGUGCCGCUGCCCAUCAUCGAUUCCGUGGAGUGCAACAAGCUGCUGGCGGCCAAGAACAUCAACCUCCGCCUCUUCAUCUUCCAGAUACAGAAGUAAUGGAGGAGGAGGAGGUGGAGUGGACAGUUGGGGGUUUGGAGAAUAAAGGUAGUUGUUUAGGUGGGUUGGGGUGAAGGCAAGGGGUAGGGAGGGGGGGUGUUGAAUGGUUGACCCCCCUUCCUCACAAAAAUAGGCUGCUGCAACCUUCAACACAACCAGAGAAGUGAAGAUUAAAGAGGCAGCUGUUCUCAGAGAGCAUCACAGAACCACAUUUAUCUCUGUAUGAACGUGCGUGAGCAUCGUUCCUGCCCGGAGUCUGGCUGGGGCCUUGAGCAGCAGGCCGGUGGCUGGUGGCCGUGGAGACGGGGGUGGCAUUAAAGCACAGCGGCUCGCUCCCUGCCUCACUGGCGCCUCGUCCAUCCCUUCCGCACGGGUACACAGAGUCUUCUGGCACCGGGGCUUUCACCUUCACUCUCUGUGUGUGGCCGUGUGUCUGAGCGCCGCUGUAAGAGCAGGCCCCGGCGUCCCAUCCCGCAGGGCGUACCGCUGUCCUGUCCCAUCCCAUCCCAUCCCGCAGGGCGUACCGCUGUCCCGUCCCAUCCCAUCCCGCAGGGCGUACCGCUGUCCUGUCCCAUCCCAUCCCGCAAGGUGUACCGCUGUCCCGUCCCAUCCCAUCCCGCAGGGCGUACCGCUGUCCCGUCCCAUCCCAUCCCGCAAGGUGUACCGCUGUCCCGUCCCAUCCCAUCCCAUCCCGCAGGGCGUACCGCUGUCCCGUCCCAUCCCAUCCCGCAGGGCGUACCGCUGUCCUGUCCCAUCCCAUCCCGCAAGGUGUACCGCUGUCCCGUCCCAUCCCAUCCCAUCCCGCAGGGCGUACCGCUGUCCCGUCCCAUCCCAUCCCGCAGGGCGUACCGCUGUCCCGUCCCAUCCCAUCCCGCAGGGCGUACCGCUGUCCCGUCCCAUCCCAUCCCGCAGGGCGUAUCGCUGUCCUGUCCCAUCCCAUCCCAUCCCGCAGGGCGUACCACUGUCCCGUCCCAUCCCAUCCCGCAGGGCGUACCGCUGUCCCGUCCCAUCCCAUCCCGCAGGGCGUACCGCUGUCCCGUCCCAUCCCAUCCCGCAGGGCGUACCGCUGUCCCGUAACAUUCUGCAGGGCGUACCGCUGUCCCGUCCCAUCCCGUAGGGCGUACCGCUGUCCUGUCCCAUCCCGUAGGGCGUACCGCUGUCCCGUCCCAUCCCGCAGGGCAUACCGCUGUCCUGUCCCAUCCCAUCCCGCAGGGCGUACCGCUGUCCCGUAACAUUCUGCAGGGUGUACCACUGUCCCGUCCCAUCCCAUCCCGCAGGGCGUACCGCUGUCCCGUCCCAUCCAAUCCCGCAGGGGGUACUGCUGUCCUGUCCCAUCCCGUAGGGCGUACCGCUGUCCCGUCCCACCCCGCAGGGCAUACCGCUGUCCCGUAACAUUCUGCAGGGCGUACCGCUGUCCCGUCCCAUCCCGCAGGGCAUACCGCUGUCCCGUAACAUUCUGCAGGGCGUACCGCUGUCCCGUCCCAUCCCAUCCCGCAGGGCGUACCACUGUCCCGUCCCAUCCCAUCCCGCAGGGGGUACUGCUGUCCCGUCCCAUCCCAUCCCGCAGGGCGUACCGCUGUCCCGUCCCAUCCCGUAGGGCGUACCGCUGUCCCGUCCCAUCCCGCAGGGCGUACCGCUGUCCCGUCCCAUCCCGCAGGGCAUACCGCUGUCCCGUAACAUUCUGCAGGGCGUACCGCUGUCCCGUCCCAUCCCAUCCCGCAGGGCGUACCGCUGUCCCGUCCCAUCCCAUCCCGCAGGGGGUACUGCUGUCCCGUCCCAUCCCGUAGGGCGUACCGCUGUCCCGUCCCAUCCCGCAGGGCAUACCGCUGUCCUGUCCCAUCCCAUCCCGCAGGGCGUACCGCUGUCCCGUAACAUUCUGCAGGGCGUACCACUGUCCCGUCCCAUCCCAUCCCGCAGGGCGUACUGCUGUCCCGUCCCAUCCCGUAGGGCGUACCGCUGUCCCGUCCCAUCCCAUCCCGCAGGGGGUACCGCUGUCCCGUCCCAUCCCGUAGGGCGUACCGCUGUCCCGUCCCAUCCCGUAGGGCGUACCGCUGUCCCGUCCCAUCCCGUAGGGCGUACCGCUGUCCCGUCCCAUCCCGCAGGGCGUACCGCUGUCCUGUCCCAUCCCAUCCCGCAGGGCGUACCGCUGUCCCGUCCCAUCCCAUCCCGCAGGGCGUACCGCUGUCCCGUAACAUUCUGCAGGGCGUACCGCUGUCCCGUCCCAUCCCAUCCCGCAGGGCGUACUGCUGUCCCGUCCCAUCCCAUCCCGCAGGGCGUACUGCUGUCCCGUAACAUUCUGCAGGGCGUACCACUGUCCCGUCCCAUCCCAUCCCGCAGGGCGUACCGCUGUCCCGUCCCAUCCCAUCCCGCAGGGCGUACUGCUGUCCCGUCCCAUCCCAUCCCGCAGGGCGUACCGCUGUCCCGUAACAUUCUGCAGGGCGUACCACUGUCCCGUCCCAUCCCAUCCCGCAGGGCGUACCGCUGUCCCGUCCCAUCCCAUCCCGCAGGGCGUACUGCUGUCCCGUCCCAUCCCAUCGCGCAGGGCGUACUGCUGUCCCGUCCCAUCCCAUCCCGCAGGGCGUACCGCUGUCCUGUCCCGUCCCAUCCCGUAGGGCGUACCGCUGUCCCGUAACAUUCUGCAGGGCGUACCGCUGUCCCGUCCCAUCCCGUAGGGCGUACCGCUGUCCCGUCCCAUCCCGUAGGGCGUACCGCUGUCCCGUCCCAUCCCAUCCCGCAGGGCGUACUGCUGUCCCAUCCCAUCCCGUCCCCCAGAGCGUACCUGCUGCUGAGAUCAGGCCUCGCCGCCUCUUUUCCUGUCCCCGUGCUGGGGUGGAAGAUCCGGCAAAAAAUGAAGACUAGCACCAUGCAAUUAGGGUUUUUAAAGUGGGGAAGUACACCUCCACUCAGCCCCUCAAGUGAUUAGCACAAGUGUUUCCGUGUUUGUUUGCUGAGAGCAGGUGUGGGAGGGAGAGUGACUGGUUCUGUGUAGUGUAGGUUGGGUUACCUACAGUGACAGGUGGGACAUCAGGUCCUUACGGUAGAAGAUGGGAAAACACCAAUGCUUGGCCAGCUGCUCUAAGCAGGGUGCUUCAUCCUGCCUCUGUUUUUACAGUAAUAAAGCAACCUUUGGUGUUUCUGUUUUAUUGUGUCAGAUACAGUCUUAUACGGGGUGGGGGCCAAAUCAGGUGGGGCGUUGGCCAGAACAUGCAGAACCUAAUGGUGGCAUGUAAGCUGUGGUGAUGUGCUUCAUUCUGAGUGGAAGAAUUUGAGGAUUGACAAUAAUUGUCCCUCCUAAUGACGAGCACUCAAGCCGGCCUGCAGGAUUUGGUGAGCUGGGGGCUCCCCAGGGGACAGCGUGCUAGAUGUGGACUGGAGGUCUCCGGCCCCAGUGGACAUCAAGCAUAGUGCGGUGUUAUUGGCUCUGUGGCGCCCCCUAACUACAAAUCUACAAAGCAGAAAAAGUCCUAAAUUAAAAGUUACAGGCCUUUUCCCACAUCAUGUUUUAUUUUAAGAUGAAAAAAAUAUAUAUAUUUUAGAAGAAUUCUCCAACCACACGUGGCAGGGAUCAAACUGCUGUUUCUGACCUGUGACCUUCCAUACGGCGAGAACUUAGUGUGCAUAAUUUUAGUUUUUUUUUGGAAAAUAUACUUAGAAGUCUAUAAGCUAACUUGUCAGUUUUUUUUUUGGUUUCUUUUUAACCUGAAUAUUUAAAUGUCUGUGCAGUUUUGCAUUUUUAGAUCGGUUUCCGGUACCUUUUCCUUCGGAUAUCUGCCCAGAGCCGAUGUGUUACUAUGAGUUUGCAUAUUUUUGUUCUUUGAGGAACAAUCUGUGUAUUGUAUUAAAUUUACAGUGAUCCAUACUGUGAAAA